AUGAUUGGCCAGCUCCUUGGAAUGGCCGAUCAUUUAACAUUUUCUAUUGCAAAUUCCGAUUUGGCAAUUCCUUAUAAAUAUGUGCCUGUGGGUACUGUAGAAGAAGUGUUGCCGUAUCUACUUCGAAGAGCACAAGAGAAUUCAUCCCUAUUCGGAAGGGCGACAGAUGAACGCAACCAAAUAAAAACGGUUAUCUCGGAGAGGAUUAAGAAUCUUUUGUCUUCUCCAUUUUUGAAAACAACGGUCUCUGGUAACACCACGUGA